AGGGAUUUGAGCGAGAGUGAUUGGUUUGGUUCAGUGAACUCCGCCUAAGUGCGCUUUUAUUGCAACAGCAACACGAGCUCAGUGACUAAACUUGGGAUCGAGAGUCCCACAUCAACUUAACGUGGGUCUUCGCUGGACGACGCAUCAAUAACAGAAUGGCAGAUAAGGAGACGCCAAGUGAGAUGGAAACAGAUGCAUCACAAACUGCCGAGGAACAACAGAGCGUAAUAUCCCGGGUGAGUAAUAUGCCACUGGUGAGUUCAGCGUGUGGUGUGAUGUACAAUGCCUAUAGCACUACAAAAGACAAUGUACCACUCCUGAAAGGAGUAAUGGAGGUGGCAGAAAGUGGGGUGCGCACUCUCGGGGCCGCUGCCACAACAGGAUCAAAACCCAUAUUAGAUCGUCUGGAACCUCAGCUUGCUGUGGUAAAUGAAUAUGCCAUGAAAGGGCUGGACAAGGUAGAAGAAACUCUUCCUAUUUUACAACAACCUGCAGACAAGGUAGUAUCAGAUACAGUGGGCAUGGUGUACCAGUCAGUUACAGGGGCCAAGGAUGCAGUGGUAGGGGCUGUGAUGGGAGGAGUGGAGAGGACGUAUAUGGUUGUAAAUGAAGGCAUAAACACUGUCAUGGGCACUCGUGUUGGCCAGAUGGUCUGUGAUGGUGUUGGUAAAGCCCUUACCCACUCUGAGGACUGGGUUGAUCAAAACCUUCCACUUAGUGAGAAAGAGCUUGCUGCCCUGGCUGAACCAAGGCCCGGAGAGGAGGAUGGAUUUGUAGUAACUUCUAACCCCAGUUACUUUGUCCGCCUUGGCAAGCUCUCGUCCAAAGUUCGUGAGAGGGCACUUGAGCAAUCCCUAAUCAGGGCCCGCAAAGCCAGAGACACCACGCACGCAGCUGUGACUCAAAUGACCAGCACUUUAGACCUGCUGGAAGGUGCCCGGAUUACUUUGUCCAGUGCCAACCAGCAACUAGGGGGCGCUCCAGAGCAGUUACUUCAGCGGUGGAAGGAAUGGAAGGAAGGUCAGCCCAAAGAAAUGGUGCGAGAAGCAACAGCAGAGGCAGACGUGGAUGCUGCUAAAGACCAGGGAGAGCAGCUGGAGCGGAACGUCUUGUCAAUGGUUCGAGGUCUGAGCGACCAGCUGAAGACAGCGUGUUCAGGGGUUGUGUCCAGUGUACAAGGGCUCCCAGGAACUGUGCAGGAACAGCUUCUUUCUGCUAGACAUACAGCUGAAGAACUCCAAGUGUCACUGAGCCGUACCAGCACGCUCACACCCCUUCUCUUACAGCAGACACGAGAGCAGAUAACACAGGUACGACAAUCUUUGGAUGGAGUUGUGGAGUAUCUCCUCAAUAACACUCCUCUCAAUUGGUUGGUUGGACCUUUUGCACCGCAGAUAACAGAAAAGGGGGAAUGAAACUGUCACAUAACCCUAAAUAAAAGCCUGGAUGAGAAAGAUAAAUAAAUAUUGCAUUGUAUUGUAAUUCUCAUUUUAAACUUUUAAGUGGUAUUAACUGGUGUUAUUAGGCUUACACUAGAAAUUAGAGUAUAAUGUACAUGAAAUACAGGUAUUACUUCAUCAAUGUCAGUAUUUUAUACAGAGUAUUGAAUGUAUUGCUUUUAACAAAAACAGAAUGCAUUGUAUUUUUAGGCACCAUUAACACCAUAUUUCAUAGUGAAAUUUAUAAUUUCCAUGUCACAGCUCCAAAGAGAUUAUGUGAAAUAUGUUUAUAUAAAUUGCAAAAUAAAUUGAUCAAUACAAUGAAAAACGUAU